AUGUGCUCGACCAACCAAAAACUAGCCUGUUGCUCCGGAGACAAUGUCUUCGACACUAAGGAAAAUGAAAAUGAUUCUUACCCACAAAUGGUGAACAAACAACUGCCACCGAAAGUUUUGGAGCCAAUUGUACAAAAUAAAAUUGUUGAAGUGCCCAAGGAAGUGUAUCUGGAAAAAAUUGUGGAGGUCCCCCAAAUCAAGACAGUCGAAAGGAUAGUGGAGCAAAUCAGGCCAGUCAUUAAGUAUAAAAAUGUGUACAAAACGAAGACAGUAUAUGUUGAGAAGAUAAAAAAUGUGGAUAAAAUUAUAUAUGAAGAAAAAAUUGUGGAAGUCCCACAAAUAAAAACGGUCGAAAAAAUUGUUGAAGUACCAGUUUACGUUGACAGGGAAAGAAUUAUAACGGUGCCAAAGUACAUGGUCGUAGAGAAAGUAAUCCCCGUUUUGAAAACUACCAAAAAGGAAAGUGUCAUGGAAAUCCCAGAAAUUAACAGCCCCAAUAUUGACAUUACUGAGCAGAUGGAAAGUAAGGAAGAAAUUCAGAUAGAGGAUUUGAAACAAAACCAGACAACUAGCGUUAUCCACGAAAAAGAUAUUGAACUCCUGAACGAGCUAAACAUUCAAAAGAUUCAUUCCAGUGCAACACUCAAUGCUGAAGUUGAUCAGGACACCACCGCGGAUACUGUCCAUAAUGAGAAUUUUUGCUCAACCGUAAGCUGCAAAUUUUUGCCCAUGUAUGAUAACUUCCCCAAAAUGCAAUAUUCCAUGUGUAAUGGAUUUCCAGAAAGGGAAAAAAGGUUCUCAAGCAUAAACAUAUACAAAUCCAAGGACGAGGGGUUCCCCAAAAUUAGAAUUUCCAAGACGCCUCAGCUUAUUCAGAGAAAUUGGUACUGCAACUACGCCUGA